UGGUACACGAUUCUUUUUGUAGCGUAAACAGGUGGGUACAUCAUCUUUCUUCUAACCCUAUAUUUGAUGGAAAAAUUGAUGCUCUUGCCACUCUCCUUGGUUGGAAUAAGGUUUAGUUAUAUGUUCUGUCGAGGCCUUAUGUGGUGUGCGGCGUUUGAGUUUCUUUUCUAGGUUCUUCUGCUGAGCUUUUGUUCAUUUCUCUUUUCCUGAUGGAUAGUAGGUAUUAGCUCAAAUAGACACUUGGUACUCGGUGGGCUCAGUCACGGAGAGUGGAAAGGUGGGGAAAACAGGGUACCUGGUGAUAAGAUGCGAGAGCUGAUCUUCCAGGCAACGCCGAACCGACAGUGGCCGCAGGUACGGAUCGAAGGAGGGUUUCAUUGUCUCUGCCUAUCUACAGGUGAGAUUCAAUCACUGGGUGGUUCUGUUUAUUUGUUCUAUUUGAUUGAAAAUGAGACUAACCUUUUUUCCCUUCUUGGUGGUUAUGGCAUUCUGUGCGAGGCUGAGAAAGAACGUACCAGAGGUUUGUGGAUUGUGAAGCCUGCCAACCACUUGGAAGAGGUUUAUUGAGACGCCAAUGACCUACUGCCCAAGGCAAGCUUAUGAAAUCUCUAGAUUAUUGUUUCACCUAUUACAUUUUUGGGUGCUUUGAAUUGUUGUAGUCCGCUUGAGUGCUUUUAUUUCUUUGUUUGGGUUCAUGGACUCAUAAAAUAUCUUACUCUUCAGGAGUAUCAUGGAGCAAUCUUUAUUUAGAUUUGUGGUCUUAUUUGCAUUCUGCAAAUCUGGUUGCAAUUCAUUAUGUUUUUAAGAGAUGGAAAAAAGGGUGUGUUUUCUUGCUGCAAUCUUGGUAAACUAAUUAAGCUUAGGCCAUGGGUGAAAUGCCAUAUGUAGUCAUACUGUCGCUUCCUCUCAUUAUUCUUUGAGUUUACUUCGUUCAUAUAGGUGCAUUACAGCUCAAAACGUUUGCUAUUUGCCAGAUGUGAUGGGAAACUGGCUUAUAGGUAGAUAAUCGAGACUGUCAGGGAGAAGAUUGGGUUCAGUUGCUUGCAGGAAAAGGAACUGAUGCCCUAAUGUAUCACGAGGAAGGUGGGGAGAAGGAGGCUGGGACUUUGUUGCUGGCAUUGGGUAUCAUGGUAAGGAAUCAUCUAUGCAGGUUGGGGUUGCUAAGAUGUUGCUCAUGAGUCAUGAAGGAAGGAAGUAAUAAUUUUUGGUAUAUUUUUGGCUUCAUAUUUGUGAUUUUUGGGUUUAGUAACUAACUUCCUCCAUAUAGCAGGGUAUAGUAAGUAAGCUGCAAUAGUUGCUAUAGCUAGGCUUUGCUUGGUUGAAUAGAUGAGAGAGGGGGAGGGAAAGGAUGAGAGAAAAAGGUUUGAUUAACCAUACUAAGGUGUAAUAUACUCUCAUGGUUAUUUUUUCCAAAGAGGGGACAAAAGGGUUUCGUUUGAAGGUGAAGACUGGGUGGAAAAGGAUAGGAGAAAAGAUGAUUAUGGGUGUCUUGACAUGCCAUGGUUGUUGGUUGUCUGUUGUUUGGAUUUUAAUUAAUUGAUACUUUCUUUUCUUAAUCUAUUAUAGGUUUAAGAAAUCAUGCUAUUUCAUAGGUUAACAAAUUCUUUGUGCCUUACCCACUUCCAAUUCAGGUCUGCAACCUGAUUGUAUUUCCAGCUUCCUAUUUUGGUCAUUUGUUUGCACUGCAUUCUGUUUGCAAUAACGUCAAAAUUGCAGUGUCAUUGUCUCCCAAGUCCCAGGUAAUUCUCUCACUCUCUCUUAACACUUUCCAUUCAUUCCUUGCUCUUUAUGUUCGUUUAUGACUUAAUGCGGCUGGUGAGUGGCAGUGGAGUUUGGAGCAAGUUUACCAUUCUAGUCCGCAGUGGGACAACCAUUCAGGUCUACGCUUUUGCCCUCACUUAUGCAUUAACUUACCUUAUGUCCCUCUAAGUUACACUUUUCAAAGCUCGGUUGUUUGCAUUGGCAAUCAUACAGGUUCUGUUAUUUGGGGUGAUGGCAUAAGGACCAAAAGAAAGGCUCCACAUGCACAUACUAUGUGGUUAUGCAAUUUAAAUCCUGUCAUGAAACUUUUCAAAAUGAAAUAAAUCAAGCUCGGGAAUUUAUACUCGAUGGCUCUUCUCAAUUGGAUGGCUCAUGAAAGUCUUUUUCAUCUUGGUCAAGUAAGAGAAAGUACUUGAUAGAUCCGGACAGUUGUACGAGUAAGACGAAAAGGUGCCUCGAGUUAGUGUUUAGCUUUCUUUUCUUAUAUAUUUUGAAUAUGGACUUAACUUUUCUCACUUUGAUUUACUUUGUUAUUUGAUAGAAGAAACAAAUGUUGUAUAAACUAAUCAAUGUGUCAAGAAGAAGAAAUGAGUGGCUGAUGUGUAUCACCACACGAUUCUUCAUUGGCCACGAAUGAAACUUUAUAAGUUUAAGGAGAUGAAACGAAUGGCUGGUGUGUACUUACCUAGCUCCCUUUUGGGCUCUGUUUAAUGUUUUUUUUUUUUUUUUUGUAUGAACCUGUUUGAACCUCACUGUACAAUAUACACUUUUAUAAGAAGUCUUUUAGGUAUUGUGCUUGAUGAUUGCUCCGUAUAUAGUAUUCAGUUGGUAUGAACUGUGUUCAUUUAUUAACAUGCUCCAACAUCAACACAAUGUAUCAUCAGCCCCCAACAAGUGCAAAAGAGAUGCAUGGUUUAUUUCUCAUGAUUUUGUUCAAAAUAGGACAGUGCUUUCUUCACCAAAAAUUACUAAUCAAUGUGUUCUUAGAAGUGCAUCCAACUUAUGAGUCUUGAAUAUAAUUGCCGACUAAAUAUGGAAUUGAAGAUACGAAGUUCUCAUGCAUACACUUUCAAAACUUUUAAAUCACACUGCUACCGGGAGCAUGACCUCCAGUUUGUUGUCACAUAAACUGGACAAUAUACGAUUAUACUGGUACAACUUUAGUUCUCGCGGCGUAGCCGCGGAUAUUGAUUCUCGUUUAUCAUGAUAACUCUCUCCAUUUUUCACAAUCACAUACGGUUUUCCCAUUGAAUUUUUACAAUUUUUGUUACCUUCUCAUUUGACUCACUUUCAUUUCCUUUUUGUUUUUCUUACGUUGUAGACAAUGACUUUGAGGAUUUGGUCUAUGUGUGGGUCACCGAGCCCUUGCUCUACAACUACGUUUGUUACAUCCACGAAGGCUGCAUUCCGCCAUCAUUGAAUGUGGUCGUGGAGAUCCUAGAUCUUAAGAGCCUUGAAGGUUUCUACCUUCAAAUUCCACCGCCCAUAUUGAACUGCUAAGGAGAUGGAAGAGCACUUUGAGUUGGACUUUGGUGAAGGAAGGCGAGUGCAUACAAGAGGAAAGUUACAGGUUCGUCAGAAGUUUGGUUUCACUGAUAGGGUUCCUAACUUACAUUCGUUGUAGCUGGUGUUACUUUACUUUUCGCGUCGAUGUUUUUGUUGAUACCUCUAGAUCUGUUCGCUUAGACUUUGUUAC